UUUAUUGGACAGCUGGAAUGCUACGGAAGUGUUUCCGUGCGUGCGGCCCUGUAGCUCCCUGUCCCCGGUGUGCGACUUGACAAUUUUGGCUAAAAACAGGUGGAUGACAACCAUUUCCAUUGCAUGCAGUUAGGUAUCACUUUCGCUGAUUGUAGUCAGAGAUGGGAGCGAACAAUAGCAGGCGCCGCGUCUCCUUUGAGUCGGAUGAAAAUGACAACAUCACAGUUGUGAAGGGCAUAAGGCUCUCUGAGAAUGUCAUCAACCGAAUGAGGGAGCCCAUAGCUCCCCUUCUUCCCCCCUCCCUUCCACAGGUCCCACCCCCUGUUGCUGCUCCCUCCUCCCUCCUCAUUCCAGUGCCUCCCCUCAGACCCCCCUUCGAUCCCAUCACCUCGCUUCCACCCAUAGAACCCAUCGCACUACCACCUCAACCUCCUGCACCUGUCACUGAAGUAGUGGCUCCACCUCCACCCCCCAUGGAACAGGUAGCAGCUCCGACCAUCAUUGACAUGGUGAUCCCGCCUCCUACCUUAGCUGCUUUAAAGCCUGUGGCAUCCCCUCCACCACCUGCAUCUGUUGAGCAGGUAACCCUCCCACCGCAGGUUGAACCCCUGGCCCCCAUCCCUGUUCCUGCUCCUGUUGCUGUGGAAUGCAAUACCAUCCCUGCACCUCCUCCUGUAAUCACACCUGUUGCUCUUCCUCCUGUAAUCGAACCUGUUGCUUCUCCUCCUUUAAUCGAACCCGUUGCUUCUCCUCCUGUAAUCGAACCUGUUGCUUCUCCUCCUGUAAUCGAACCUGUUGCCUCUCCUCCUGUAAUCAAACCCGUUGCUCUUCCUCCUGUAAUCGAACCUGUUGUUCUUCCUCCUGUAAUCGAACCUGUUGCUUCUCCUCCUGUAAUCGAACCUGUUGCCUCUCCUCCUGUAAUCAAACCCGUUGCUCUUCCUCCUGUAAUCGAACCUGUUGUUCUUCCUCCUGUAAUCGAACCUGUUGCUUCUCCUCCUGUAAUCGAACCUGUUGUUCUUCCUCCUGUAAUUGAACCCGUUGCUCUUCCUCCUGUAAUCGAACCCGUUGUUCUUCCUCCUGUAAUCGAACCCGUUGUUCUUCCUCCUGUAAUCGAACCUGUUGCUUCACCUCCUGUAAUCGAACCUGUUGCUUCACCUCCUGUAAUCGAACCUGUUGCUUCACCUCCUGUAAUCGAACCUGUUGCUUCUCCUCCUGUAAUUGAACCCGUUGCUCUUCCUCCUGUAAUCGAACCUGUUGCUUCACCUCCUGUAAUCAAACCUGUUGCUUCUGCUCCUCCCAUUGCACCUCCUAUCCCUCCCGUAAUUGAACCCAUUGCUCCUCCUCCCCUUUCCUCUUCAUUGGCAUCCAUCUCCUCCCCUGCUGUUGAGUCUGCUGCUCCACCAAUGGAAGCUUUCUCCCUGCAGCCUACAGUCAAACCCAUCGCUCUGCCUCCUCCCCCAGCUGAAUUCAUUGCUCCUACCCCUUGUGAACCCAUUGCCCCUCCUCCUCAGCCCCCAGUGGAAGCUUUUGCUCCUCCUCCCGCCCCAGAACCAGUGGAAGUUGUUGGCCCCCCUCUUCCUCCUCCCACCCCAGAGCCAGAACCAGUGGCGGUAGCACCGCCAGCAGCACAUGCAGUUGAUGAAGAGGAGCUGAGGAAGAAGAUCACAGAGGAUCUGCAGAAAGGCCUGUUGAAGGAGAGGGUGAAGGCUGAGCAGGAGCUGCAAGCAUGGCUGGAGGAGGAGAAGGUCCAUGCUGCAUCCUUUGCUGAGGCUGAGGCCCAGGCCAGUGUGAAGGAUGAGGUGGGUCGUAUCCUGGAGCUGGAGAGAGCCACGACCCAUAAUACCCUGACGCAGGCUGUCAUGAGGGAGAAGGUCAGCGCUGAGGAUGAGAGGCUACGCACCCAGCUUUACGUAAGUCCCUAACCCCCUCCAACCGUUUCUCAACCC